CCUUUCUUUAAUAAAACUCAAACCUCAACACUAAAACAUCAAAGUAUCAAUUUUUCUCUCUCUAUUCCAAAACAUUAUAAGAAAAAAAAACAAAAACAAAAAAAAAGAUGGUCUGUUUUUGUUUCUUAGUAGAUCAAACAAAACAGGUGUGUAAGAGCAAACCCGCCGCCGGAACAUGUUCACGUUGCGGCGGCGGAGCUAGUGUAGCAGACAUGAAGACUGCUACACGGUUUUGUUAUGUUCCCUUUUAUUGGAAAAAUUGGAGAGCUAUUAUAUGUACAUUUUGUGGUGCAAUUCUUCGCUCUUAUCGAUGAAAUAUGUCACUAGAAUUUCAUAUUGGUUGAAGAAAUGAGACGAAAAAGUUAUUUUUCUAAUUAUGAUUUUAUUAAAUAAGUCAAGUAAGUAUAUUUUCUGAGGUUGAGUUAGUGUUCUGUCUUUUAACCGGAUUUUAUUAUUUAUUUUUUUGGGGAUCGAUUAAAUUUUAGAGGAUGAUUUAGACUAUUUUUAUUUUAUUAAUGUACUAACAGUUGCUAUUGUAAAUAUAUUUGAGAAUUAAUAUUGGAAUUUGGAUCUCUUUUUACCUUUA